GAUGCGAUACCGCCAUAAUCGACUACAGUCUACAAAUUUAGGCCAAUUUCAAAAUUUGUGUGGAGUAUAAAUUACAACGAAUUUUCUGCAUUUGCUCUUGUUUGUUCGUACGGAUAGAUACUACUAGUCCGUCAAUUGCCAAUAGGCAGGGAGAAAGGAAAAAAAAAACAAAAAAGGAAAAAAGAGCUUUGAGUUGACUGACAUGGCCGUGCUCUCCUCUUCCUCCCAUGGCCUCCUCCACCCACCGCUCCGUCUCCUCGCCGCCGCCUCCGCCAGUAGCGGCAGCAGCUACUCGAUUCCCCAUGCGCGCCUCCGCCUCGCCGUCACUACUCCGUCGAGGCUACCUUCCCCCAUCUCAUCCUCGCCCGACCCACCGCCCGACGUCGCCCACGACGAAGACGAACAGGAAGGUCAGCACCACAAGGAGGAGCGGGACGAGCGGUACGGGUUCGAGAUCCAGGUGCGCAAGCUGCCCAAGCGCAACCGCCGCCUCGUCCGCGCCCGGGUCCGCGUCGACGCCCCGCUCGACGCCGUCUGGGCCACGCUCACCGACUACGAGGGCCUCGCCGGCUUCAUCCCCGGCCUCUCCGAGUGCCGCCUCCUCGACCAGUCCGACUGCUUCGCCCGCCUCUACCAGGUGGGUGAGCAGGAUCUCGCGCUGGGUUUCAAGUUCAACGCCAGGGGCACCAUCGACUGCUACGAGGGCGAAUUGCAGCUGCUGCCCGCCGGAGCGCGGAGGAGGGAGAUCGCCUUCAACAUGAUCGACGGCGACUUCAAGGUCUUCGAGGGCAACUGGUCCGUCCAGGAGGAGGUUGAUGGUGGGGAAAUAUCAGCGGAUCAGGAAUUUCAGACUAUACUUUCUUAUGUGGUGGAACUGGAGCCGAAGCUCUGGGUUCCAGUGAGGCUACUGGAAGGGAGGAUUUGUAAUGAGAUCAAGACCAACCUUUUUUCAAUCAGAGAAGAAGCUCAGAGGAUCCAGAGAUUGCAAGAUAAGAGAAAUCCAUGCUGAAGUUUGGCAGUAUGUUUUCAGUGAUUGGUCAUCUCUUAAGGCUUCAUCCCAAUAUUACACGUCCUUGAUUCUCAAGAAUACACUUCAGAAAGUCUUGCAGGGGGAAAAUGGGCGAAGAAAGAUGAUGACGCGCUUCAUGAUGUUAGUGGAACACCCAAAAUUAUGACUUAGGUCACUGGGCAUGUCUUGUGACAAUUGGAUUGGUUGAUCUUUCUCAAUAGAAGAGAGGAAAAGGCAAAUGGAUUAUUUGGAAUUCGGACAGCUUUGGACGUGCCUGACAGGCAAAUGGAUAGAGGGUCCCAAAACCUAAUCUUGCUUGUAUAUCUAGGAUUACCUUUUUGCCACUCAAUGGAGAAAUGAUUAACGUUUCGUGAUUAACUACACGAUGUUGACAUAUAUUGCAAUUUUAUUUGUAACCAAUCCUAGGCAGAAAGCUGCUGAAUUGGUACUCACUUA